AUGAAGAAAACAAACAUAGUGGAUCUUCCCGAGGACUUGGUAGUUGAGAUAAUCUCUAGGGUUCCAGCGGUAUCUUUGGUAGGACUGCGUUCUACAUGUAAAAGAUCAAACGCUCUGAUCAACGAUGCGAGCCUUGCUAAGAAACACUAUACUACUGCACCAAGGCACUCUCUGAUCAUCAUGUUGAUUGCUUCUAGGGUUUAUUUGGCGAGCGUCGAUCUUCAUAAUAAUCACAAUGAUACGAUUCACAACAACAAGGUAAAGAUAACAACUCAAUUUAGCCUAAACGAUCCUCUUUCUGAUUCGUUAGAAGAAGUUAAUAUAAGCAACAUCUUUCAUUGUGACGGCUUAUUGCUAUGUACCACCGUAGACAAUAGACUGGUUGUUUGGAAUCCGUGUUUACGCGAAGUUAAGUGGAUCAAACCAAGAAAGUCCUUCAAGAGACUCACUAUCUUUGCCUUCGGCAAAUCCUCAUGCAACAAGUACAAAAUCUUGAGGAUGGAUCAGUUUAAUCAUACUUGGCCAGUAUUACUUGACUACGAAAUAUAUGACUUUACCUCUAAUUCGUGGAGAGUUGUUGGUAAGAUCACUGGGGAAUGGUUCAUACCACCGAGUGCGGACCACGGCAUGUCUGUGGAUGGGAACACUUACUGGCUUGCUUGUACUAAAGACUUUACAAGUGGGGUUUUUUUACUUGGUUUUGAUUUUUUAACAGAGAGAUUUGCAAGGGUGUCUCUUCCGGGUGAUAAUCUUCCUUAUCAUAAACUUGCUUUAUCAGUGACUAGAGAAGAUCAAAAACUUUGUAUGUUAGCUACUCGGGCCAUGCAGCCAUCCAUUAGAGAUGUAUGGAUUGCAACUAAGAUUGAGAGUACUGGAGCCGCGUCAUGGAGCAAGUUCUUAUCAAUUGAUGUAGCUAAUAUCAACAAGCAUUUUUUCUUUGUUACUGGGAUGAAUUUCUUGGUCGACCAGGAGAACAAAGUUUUGGUGUGUCGCGGUGAAAAUGGGAUCUCUAACGUUUUCUUACACGUAGUGGGAGAGGACAAAUGUAUACAAGUAGAUCAUCAUGAUGCAGAAUCUAGAUGCUCACUUGUCGUCAGUUAUGUUCCAACUUUGGUUCAAAUCCAACAAGGUUCAUAG